AUGGGAACUGACUCGAAUGAUGAUGGAGAAUUGUCUUUCACCAAGAGACAGUCCACCCCAAUGGAGACUCCACCACUGACGGGACAGGGAAGAGGUGGCACACUGGUACCGAUGUCGAAGCUUAGUUCGCUCCUCAGAGACAGUGGUUCGCUGCUGAAGCCAACGCCCGAAACACCACGUCAAAACCACAACAUAAAGCCAAUUGACUCUCCCACUCUGCCAGGAACCCAAUCACCGCACCAUUCGUCUUCGUUCGCCAGCUUAUCGCAAUCAUACGCCAACCCUAAAAGUGAUCUACAUCCUAUGACUGGAUUUGAGGACCAGUACGUACCUGAUUUGGACUAUGAUAGAGUGGUUAAUGAAUGGAAUGAACCCAUGGGCCCCAAACCAGUGCCUCGGGGACGUGCUCCACGAAGUGUUAGCGGUAAAGUGCUUCUGCCAUCAAGUGCUGAGGGCACCCUGUAUUUGGACUUGAAUAAGUUGCAUUCGCUGGUAAAGCCACAGCCGAUUAAUCUGGGCCUGUCCUUCAAUCGGUAUCUGUACUCCAAACUUAAUGAAGUGAUGAAGCUUCGCACUCCACUGAAUAGAGGAGAGGUCGGAUCUUCUACAGCUAUUGAUAUUAAGCGGCGACGUCCCCUGAUGGUGGAAGGUAAUGCAAGUGAUGUCAAUUACGAGGCGAUUCUCAAUAGUCUACCAGCUAAUUUCAACGAUCUUCCUUAUUCGCAGCGCAAGAAGUUGGUAACGCUGUUUUCUGACCUGGUUGAUUACCUGCAGUUUUCUCUCUUUGCGAAAAACUACCUCAACGAAAACAGUGGUCUGAUGGGCCUGCUGGCUCGUGUGGGUCUGCUGGGCGGCCUGAAUUCGAGUUUUACUCGACGAUCUCGAGCAGGCUCUGUUAACACUAUUGCAGGGCGCUUGCUUCAGCAGCUGGCCACUGAUUUGAAGAAGAUGCAGUCACAAUCGACGGAGAAGUUUGAUAUUGAUGAACGUGGUGCAAUAGUCAUGGGUCAUGAGUUGGGGAAGGUGAUUGGUUAUGGUGCGUGGGGAACCAUUCGGGAAUGUGUUGGCGAGGAUGGAAUUGUUAGAGCUAUCAAAAUUGUAAAGCUGGUGCGUAACGAACCCGACAAAGAUGGCGACGUGCGCCAACAUAAUCCAAAGGUACUUGAGGUUUUCCGGCAUGAGAUUGAGAUCUGGCGCGAGCUCCACCAUGAAAACAUUUUACCCUUACUUCAAAGUAAGGAAACCGAUACCGCGAUUUUUUGUAUAACCAACCGUAUAUGGGGCGGGACUCUAUUCGAUGUGAUGGGAGAAUGGGGAGAGUUCGACAAGGGAUGCUACCUGACAACUGGUGAUAUCUGCUUCACUGUUGAGGGUCAGAGACAUCGGCUUCGCCAAGCUAUAGGAUACCUUCGCCAAAUUGUAGAAGCACUUCGGUAUAUGCAUGGUAAGGGUAUUGUCCAUGGUGAUUUGAAGCUUGAAAAUGUUCUUGUUGACGGUAACGAUCCUUCUCGCUUAAAAGUAAUCCUUUGCGAUUUUGGCAUGGCCCGGAAAUUUGCAGACGUGAAAAGGCGGCCGCUGGUUCGGUUGAAGGCUCCGUCAUACCAUACACAUUUAGCUCCAUCCGGACGCGGCGAUGCAGAUGAAGUUGAAGAUGACGAUGAAGGUACAUUAUAUAUACGGUCGCGCCUGAGCCAACCGUCCUCUCGGAAACCUUUUCCGGGAAACGACGCGACCCCUGUAUUCACUGAUGACCUGCAAAUUGGCAUUAUGCAUGGACCAGCUCUCCAGCUGGUGGAUUUGAACCCGGUGGCGCUGGCGCCACGUCGAGAUUCAUUCACUAGAAUUGGAGAUGACGGCGACACAAAAGCCCCGCCCGACACUCAUGACUUACCCCACACCCAUAUCGGAUCGCUUCCGUAUGCAGCUCCCGAGCUUUUGAGCCCAGCCCCUCCCCCCUUAGGACCCCUGGCCGAUAUUUGGGCACUUGGGGUAAUCACCUACUCCUUAUUUGUUGGAAAGCUCCCCUUCAUACAUCAGAAUGAAGAAAAGCUUCGGUCAUUAAUAACCGCAGGUCAGUACGAUUCACUAUUACUUGCCAAAGCUUGCCUACUUGAGUGGAUUUACAGUUCAUCAGACACAUCCGACUCAAGCACGAGCGGCGAGGAUCAGCCAGAUCGCUUCUCGUUGCCCCGCCAAUUGUUCCACUCUAAUCUGACUGCCAGCAUGGUGCGAGAACAGCAAAUGCGGGAAAUUCGAGAGUCUUGGUCGGAAUAUGUCAGUCUGAAGCGGGGCGAGUUUAAUUUUGCCAAGAAUAUGGUCAUGGGAUGUCUCGAGCUUAAUAUUACAAAGCGCUGGGAUCUUGACGCAUUCAACAAUGCCCUCGCGGGGUAA